AUGACGACCGCCGACGGAGAGCAGAUCCAGCCGGAGACGUACUUUGUGAAGCGCACGGAACACUGUCCCAAUAGCGAUUUUCCUGUGCUAGUGUAUCGUGGAGUGUUGGGCACUGGCGACGAGCUGGAUGAGGAUGAGGUAUCAGAGAAGUUGCAGCAGUACGGAUGGGUGAAGAAAGGCCGUUCUGAGCUCGUCUUCGGCGAGGGCGGCUCUGAUCCCGCCGGCAGCGGCGUGCGGUGCUGGGUGCGACCCGGCGAUGUUGUUGUCGUUCCGGCCGGUGUGGCGCAUGCUUCCGUCGCUGAUGAGAAGGCGGCACCGGGGGAGAAGGAGUAUCGAUAUGUUGGAGUGUAUCCUGAGGAAUCUCCGCAGUGGCGGAGUGAGAUGGGGAGGAAACCGUUACAGGAGAAGCAGGGUCUAGUCGAGGAGGUCGAAGGGGUGGGUUUACCGAGGAUGGAUCCUUUGUAUGGAGUCGAUGGGCCGUUGAUAAAGAUAUGGAAGGCUGCGAGGGGUUAA